UUACGUUGAAAAAUUCAAACUUUCACAUCCGACAGACUCGAUCGAAGUUCUACUUCCUGAAAUUUCGAAACGUAUUGGUGCAUUACAAAAGCAUGGUGAAUAUGAUCUAAAUAAAUCAGCACAAUUUUUCAUUAAACAGUAUAGAAAUGGUAAGUAUGGUAGGUAUACGUUAGAUGACGUAUCACCUGAAGGUUUAAAAGCGUAUUUUACGAAUGAUGAUUCAGACAAAGAUACGCUUAUGAGUAAGAAUCAAAUAAAGAAAUUGAAAUGGGAGAAAGUCACGGAGAAAAGAUUGAAUAGAUGGAAGAAACAUGGCUAUUUAACUGGCAAAGGUAAACAAGGCGUUCAAGGUUGCAAGAAAGGCUAG